AUGUCAUCCAAUCCUCCCUCUGAAACGCCAUCGCGCACUACAACACCAAAUCCACAAUCGCGAUUCACAUCACAAUCGAAAACCGUCGAAGAUGUUCUUAGUACGCAAACUGUGGGAUUAGUUAAAUUAUCUGAUUUUCGAAAACGGAGGGCUGAGGCUGUGGAGAUGAAGGAGAGAGAUGCGCAGGAGAUGGGUAGUGGGAGGAGUGGGACAAGUACACCUGUGGGAGAUGGUGCCUCCACACCCAGCGAUACUCAAUCAGCUCCCCCCAAGAAAAAGAAAAAGAAAGUAGGAACACCCAAACUUUCAUUUGGAAUGGAUGAGGAAGAAGGCGAAAAUAAUGGCAUUGAUUCCGAACCCUCACAAUCUGGCACUCCCGAUACUUCAAAUAAAAAGAAGAAAAUAGGUGUUAAUUCAAACGUUUCAUUUGUACCAAAAACUCUUACCAAGUCGGCAUUAUUGAAAGAAGCGCAAACGCGGGAAUCGCUACGAAAAGAAUUUUUGGCAAUCCAAGAAGCGGUUAAGGGGACUGAAAUAGCUAUUCCGUUUGUGUUUUAUGAUGGAACGAAUAUACCAGGUGGAGUUGCGAGGGUUAAGAAGGGAGAUUUUAUUUGGGUAUUUUUGGAUCGGAGUAGAAAGGUUGGAGCAGAGUUGGGGGUUGGUGAGAAGACAAAUAGUAAUAGAGAGUGGGCAAGAGUUGGUGUGGAUGAUUUGAUGUUGGUUAGAGGGGGUUUAAUUAUUCCCCAUCACUACGAUUUCUACUACUUUAUCAUAAAUCGCACUCUCGGACCGAACAACCAAAUUCUCUUUCCCCAUAGUUCCUCACCGCCUCCUACAGCUUCAAUAGCCCCCCUCGACACCGACUCCCCUAUUCCAGAUUCCUAUAAUCCACUUUCACGUCCUUCCGCCUCUAGUGGUACCAAAACCCCCACAACCAAAGUCGAGGAAUUAGAGGGAUUCAAUGAUGAUCCAACCUUUACUAAAGUAGUUGAUCGCAGAUGGUACGAAAGGAAUAAACAUAUAUAUCCAGCUAGUGUAUGGCAGGAAUUUAAUCCCGAGAAGGAUUAUCAGACGGAAGUUAAGAGGGACGCGGGUGGAAAUGCAUUUUUCUUUUCUUGA